UUAGAAUUGAGGUCAAGGUUGUGUCUUACUUUUUACUGAAAAACAAACUUAUUUUUUGGAUAUAAAACUGUCUUAAGUGGCUGCAGACCUAGAAACCUUGUAAUUUUCGUAUUUUUACCGAAGCAUCAGGUAAGAAAUUACAUUAUCACGCCAUGGUACAACGAUAACAAAUUCAGGUGAAAUGUCGAUUUUGGAAAAGUUUGUCAACGUGGAAUCUUCCCCAGACCAUGAACUGGACCAAUCAGUUUUUCUCACCCAAAAUUCCUCUCCAGCGACCCUUUUCAACUGUGAAAACAGCAACAUCGAAUAUUACCACUGCAAAGACUGCAACUUCCAGACGGAACUAACAAUCCACUUGACUAACCACAUCAAAGAAUGCCACCACAGCCCCAAGAUCCGCGCCCCCCUGAAACACCCCAUUCGAAAACACACUUGCAGAAAGUGCUCCUUCGAAACCCACUUCUCAAUCAUGUGGCUUCAGCACGUCAUCACGUGUUCGCGAAAACGCCGCCUCCAAAUAAUCAAGCGUGACAAGACCGCCAAAACGAGCUUUUGGUAUAAAUGUGACCAAUGCGGCCUCAAAACCAAAUACAAAAAAGUCAUAAAAGCCCACAAGAUCUCGAAGCACCUCAAGGACGAAGAAAUCGUCUGGUACGAGUGCGAGAAGUGCCCCUACAAAGCCAAACUGCGCGCCAACUUGAACAAACACAUGAAAAACCGCCACUUGGACCAGCACGACAUUAAAUGGUACAUUUGCCAGGAGUGCCCCUUCCGAACUAAACAGUCCGCGCACUUGAAAAGCCACAUGAACUCCCGCCACUUGAACGAACAAGACGUUAAAUGGUACCAGUGCCCCCACUGCCCCUACAAAACCAAAGUCAACUCGAACUUGAAAAUCCACAUCAAUUCGCAGCACCUGGACGCCGAUAAAGUGAAGUGGUACGAGUGCAAGCUGUGUCCGUUUAAAGCCAAGACGAACUCGGCGCUUUCGCAGCACGUGCGGACGCACUACAACGUGGAUAUUAAGUGGCGCGAGUGUGACAAAUGCCCAUACAAAGCGAAACGAAGCGCCGAUUUGAAGAACCACGUGAACGCCCAUCAUUUGGACAUGCGGGAUAUCCGGUGGUACGAGUGCAAGAAGUGCUCGUUUAAAACUAAGCAGAAUUGCAAUUUAAUUCGGCACGUGAAUGGGCAGCAUUUGGGGGAAGGGGAGAUUAAGUGGUACGAGUGCCAGAGCUGUUCUUACAAAGCCAAGCAGAAUUCGCACUUGAAGAGUCACGUGAUUGCGCACCAUUUGGAUGAGGGGGGUGCGGGGGUGGAUUUGAGGCAGGGGUUUAAGUGGUUCGAGUGCCAGGUUUGCUCGUUUAAGAGUAAGCAGAGUUCGAAUUUGAAGCGGCAUGUAAAUAUGCAGCAUUUGGGGGAAGAGAAUAUUAAGUGGUUUGAGUGUGAUAAGUGCGCGUAUAAGGCUAAGCAGAGUUCGCAUUUAAAGAAACAUAUAAAGGUGCAUCAUUUGGAUGAGUGAAGAGAGAAGUUUCAUAAAUGCAUUUUUGUUGUUAUUUGCAGUGUGUUUGUUUAACUUUGUUGAUAUAAAAAUACAUAUUUUUCAUGAA